CCCAGUGCCCUCAAACGCUCUUCAUACGUUAACCCAGUGAGAUGCAAAGGGGUGUGUAUAUGGUUGAAGUCCAAAAUAUUACCGGGAUGCAAUUUCAUUACGAAGUGCGAAUUAUGAGGCGAAUGGUGUGAUUUUAAGACUAGAUGUGCAUUUCGUAAAUACUCCAAGAUUCAAAGGUAAAAGAUCGCUGUUGAGUCAGGUUCAAGUCUGAACAAGCUUCUUCAAAGAUUGGUUAUCGACUAGAUUUUUUCAGCAUUUAAGUAGUUAACAGAUCAGAAAUCCCGUAUUGUUAAAUCUUUACGAGCAUGGGGGGGGGGGGGGGGGUAUUUGGUCUGCUCAGCAAAUAAAACGGGUUCAGCCUAUUCUUUGUCCAAUUCCGACCGUCUUCUUCUGACAUCACCCUAUUUGCAUAGUUGAGACGUUUGGUACAGCCAAUGAAAUUUGCAUUUGGGAGGAAAGCCAGCUCGGAACGAUUUUCACAAGGCCGUGACAUAUUAUCCGUAUUCAGUUAUUUCGUGCGGCCACUGUGGGAGUUGAAAAGCCUGUUCCACCGCCAGCAGCAAGGUAGGCUUGUUUCGAGCUAAGAACCUUUGUUGCACAAGUCUGGCGAAGUGGAGGACAAAUCUUGUUCGCCUCGGCAUAAUAUCGCAGCAAACUACCGAGCCACGAUGUCAUUGAACCAACUGAGCAACUCAGAAAACCAGAAUUUAUCUUUGUUCCACCUGAACUGUGGUCUGAUUGUUCGGAACGGGAUUUCUUUUGUGUAGCGGUAUACCCCUGGUUAGCACAACGGUCCUCAUUCCUCCCCCUGCCCAAGAUUUUGAUCCUCAUCUGUUUAGCAGAAACUGGUGCGUAACCAGCAUAACCGGGACACAAACGGAACCAAUGCUGAAUGGGUAACCGAGAGCCCAUUCCUUGCAUUAAAUCACACGGCCGUCUUAAAAAUCCAGGAAAAUAAGCAACUUCACAGCACGGAUGUAUUCGCCGACGUAAUUUGACCGUAAUACUUACUCGAACCAAAAUCUCAAAAAGUGGUCGGGAAAAGAGCACCGUUUUCGCAGGAGUAAUGCUCACUAUGGCAGCCUCGAACACCACUGUUUGUGAACAGGAUGACUCCUUUAAGUAUACAUUGUACAGUAGCGUAUACAUAAUGGUUUUCGCCGUCGGCCUCGUGUCAAACUGUGUGGCCCUGUAUGUUUUGAGGUGCUCCUUAAAAUUAAGAAACGAAACCAUAACAUAUAUGACAAACCUGGCCGUGUCAGACCUGCUGUUUGUCUUUACGCUGCCGUUUCGGAUUUUCUACUACUCGAACCGACACUGGCCCUUUGGGGAUUUGCUGUGCAAAGUUUCGGGGACUCUGUUUCUCACGAACAUGUAUGGGAGUAUCCUCUUCUUGACCUGCAUCAGCGCCGAUCGUUUUCUGGCUAUCGUCCACCCUUUUAAAUCGAGAAUGCUGAGGACGAGGAGAAAUGCUAUCAUUGUGUGCAUUGCCGUGUGGCUGACCGUGCUGGCAGGAAGUGUUCCAGCGACUUUCUUGAAAACCACCAAUUUAAUAGGCAAUCACACAGAAACCUGCUUUGAAAAUUUUUCCAACGAUACCUGGAAGAAGUUUUUGUCAAAGAUUGUAAUAUUUAUCGAGAUAGUCGGUUUUGUAAUCCCGCUGUUGCUAAACAUGUUCUGCUUUUCAAUGGUGCUGAGGACUUUAAGACAGCCCAUUACUCUUUCUCGUAGUAAGUUCAAGAAGAAGAAAAUCCUGCGAAUGAUUGUUGUCCAUUUCCUCAUUUUUGUCUGCUGCUUUGUGCCAUACAAUAUAACCCUAGUGAUGUAUUCGCUGGUAAGGACCGGAGCGGUGAGAAAUUGCUCAGUGGUAACUGCAGUCAAAACAGUGUAUCCCAUCACACUAUGCUUUGCUGUCUCCAACUGCUGUUUUGACCCCAUCGUUUAUUAUUUCACUUCUGAAACCUUUCAGAAUUCAAUCAAGAGGAAGUCUAAGUCCCUAAGGCUCAACUCUGAUUUGGAAUCCUCGCACACUACAGGCUUCCUCGCCAAUAGUUUGCGGACAUUAAAAUCUAAAACACUUAGUUUAGACUCAACUGUUUAGUAACCAAGUACAAAUUCUUAUCAUCACAUUUUGAUGCACGCAGAUUAUUUCUUUGAGUACGUGACCUACUACACUUGAAAACUACAACAUUAAUUAUCGCCACCGUCAGUGGGGUGUGGUUAAUGGUUAGCAAACAAGAGUUUUCGGUCUUUCGUCUAGGAUUGAAAACGAAUGGUUUAUGUAGCGCUACCGUGGAAGCCAUCGGGGGAAAGUGUAAAAGGGAUACGUUGACGAUGUAAUAUCCACAUAUUUUUUUAAUGUUCACAUUUAACUCAGUAAAAACCAGGUGAAUAACAAAUCUUAAAAUGAGGUACAAAGGAACCAUAGCCAGAGAAAAUUUAGAUCCCAAAGUAUUGCUUUUACUGAGAUCACUCAUUUAAGAUUUCUCUAACGAUGAAUUGUACAGUAAUUAUUAUUAAAGGCAUAUUUUUAAACAUUUGUAUCUACAUAAAAAUAAAUUAAUGUUCUAACAU